AAAAGUUCCGCAGAAGUGAGUAUCAAUCAGAGACAGCCCGAAAGAAGCGAAAGAAAGAAGAACUGCAGCAAUCGGCGCUCCAAAGCCCGAGAUCCCUCCAAAACAAAAUCUCCCGACAGGUUUUAAACUAGGAAAAGCUCCAGGCAUGGAACCUCAUCAUUAAAAGCUGAUGUAACCCUUUGCUAGUCAUAGUCGCUGGAUUACUUUUUUUUUGGCAAGUGUUUCCGUCUUUAACAUUCUCUGUAAGUGUUUUUUUUUUCCGGGUAAUUUUGGAAGGAGCUCUUUUUUUUGUGUGUGUGUGUGAGUGUGUUGUUUUCUUCUCUUGGAUUUGCUGUACAAUGAGCGACAGAAGGAGAUCCGCGGCGGCGCUUAGUUCCAGGGCUCAUGCCUUUUCAGUCGAAGCGUUGAUUGGGACGAACAAGAAGAGGAAGCUGAGAGACUGGGAGGAGAAGGAGUUGGAGUUGUCCAUGGAGAGCCUCAGCCCCAGUGGACAGCUAGGAGACGAGGACGACCCGGCUCACUGUCUGGAUAUCCACCCCGAGGCGGAGGCCAGCCCCGGCUCGGACAGCGAGGGACUGGCGGAGCGCACGUCCUGCUCCUUCGAGUCGCGCUCCGACCUGUGCCACACGCCCGGCGACGCCUCCCCGCCCUCCUCCAUGGACGAGAUCCAGGUGGAGCUGCAGUGCGCCGACCUCUGGAAGAGGUUUCACGACAUCGGCACGGAGAUGAUCAUCACUAAAGCUGGCAGGAGAAUGUUUCCUGCCAUGAGAGUAAAAAUCCUGGGCUUGGAUCCACAUCAGCAGUACUACAUUGCUAUGGACAUAGUACCCGUGGACAACAAAAGAUAUAGGUACGUGUAUCACAGCUCCAAGUGGAUGGUGGCGGGGAACGCGGACUCCCCAGUCCCCCCGCGUGUCUACAUUCACCCCGACUCCCUGGCCUCCGGUGACACCUGGAUGAGGCAGGUGGUGAGCUUCGACAAGCUGAAGCUCACCAACAACGAGCUGGACGACCAGGGACACAUCAUCCUUCACUCCAUGCACAAGUACCAGCCCCGUGUGCACGUGAUCCGCAAGGACUUCAGCAGUGACCUGUCCCCCACCAAGCCCGUCCCCACUGGAGAGGGGGUGAAGACCUUCAGCUUCCCCGAGACGGUGUUCACGACCGUGACGGCCUAUCAGAAUCAGCAGAUUACCCGGCUAAAAAUCGACAGAAACCCUUUUGCUAAAGGGUUCAGAGACUCAGGGAGAAACAGAACCGGUCUGGAGGCCAUAAUGGAAACAUACGCUUUCUGGAGACCACCGGUGCGGACCCUCACAUUCGAGGACUUUACCACCAUGCAAAAACAGCAAGGAGGAAGCACGGGCACAUCGCCAACCACAUCCAGCACGGGCACCCCGUCCCCCUCGGCCUCCUCCCACCUCCUCUCCCCUUCCUGCUCCCCCCCCACCUUCCACCUGGCGCCCAACACCUUCAACGUGGGCUGCCGGGAGAACCAGCUGUGCAACCUCAAUCUCUCCGAGUACCCGGCCUGCGCCAGGAGCAACAUGGCGGCCCUGCAGAGCUACCCGGGCCUGGGGGAGGGCUCGUAUGGGAGGCUGCAGGCCGGGAGCACCCCUGCCAGCCAGCCCUCCGAGUCCUUCAUGCCCCAGAGGACUUCGUCUUUAAUCGCCGGGAUGCAGGCCAGCCCGGCGUCUCUGCCCAGCAACAACAAGAUGGACACCUACAGUGGCCAGCUCGGCUCCUUCCCCCCCUCACAGCUGCAGUACGUCAUGCAAGCAGGAGGUUCGGCUUCCAGCUCCUCCUCCUCCCACAUGUUCAGUGGGGGUCACAUGCAACAGGGAUCUUACAACGCCUUCUCCCUUCACAAUCCAUACAACCUUUACGGAUACAAUUUCCCCGCGUCCCCCAGGCUGGCCGCCAGCCCAGAGAAACUGACCGCCUCGCAGGGCAGCUUGCUGUGCUCGUCCUCCCCCAGCGGGCCCUUCGGAGACCGGCAGUACCUGGCCAACGGGAUGGAGGGGAUGCACAUGAUCGCCAACCCCUCCGGCGCACAGCAGACCGCCAACACCUGCGACAGCCGCCAGUACGGCGCCAUGCCAGGGCCAUCUUCACAGAUGUCGGUGCACAUGGUGUAGACGGGGAACCACCCUCACCGGCCUGACUCGCUCGGUUUGCAUUUCCCACGUUCUUGCAUUGCCCUUUCAGCCGAAGGACAGAGGCAUGUCGUAGAGGCAGGCGAUGCGUUCUUGGACACGACGGCUUGCCUCGACAGGAGGAGAGACCUUGACAGAACUCUCACGCGUAAACGAACAAAAAGAAGGGAUGUUGUUGAACUUGAACUCUUUGUUAAGAAAAAAGGUGUCCAAUAGUUGAAUAGUUGCUGUGUUCGUCAGUGGUCCACGUCAGUUUGUACUUUCACCCACCUGCCUGACUGAGAAGGACUUAAGGCAAAAUCACACCCUGCACUUCAACGGGUUUGCAAAGAAGAAGGGAUUUCAAGUAGCCUGUGGGAAAGUGGACAGCAGUGUUGGUGCAAUAGAGGAAGAGGAAACCCGUUAAAGCCAACUUUGUCUGGGGUCACAGACCCCUGUCUGAAACACUAUCUGACCAGCUUCGCUGCCAAGGGCGAAGAGGCUGGCACUUGCCUUCAAGAAGCCCUGGAGCAGUAAACGCAGACGGACAAGGGUCUCUGCUGCAGAGCUUGAGGAAAGACAUGUGUCUGAGGAGGUAUUCUGGGAAACUGAAGACUGAAAAUAGCCUAGAGCCACAAUUUGAAAAAGUGAUUUAAAAUCCCCAGAAAAUGGAAAUACACAUUCUGCUAAGAGUGGAAAGUGCAGCAAUAUCUUGGAAAAUUCAGCUGAAGAGUAUCACAACACUGAACAAGGAGGAUGUGAACGUUCAGGAGCACGCCAAAGGGAUUAUCGGAGAUGUACUCUGAAAUGUUCUGUAUCACCUCUUGAACAUGCGGUGCUGUGACUAAUUCACAACAGACAUUGUCCUGCAUCGGUCAGAACUGCCUUCACCGUAUGCAUUGCUGAUUAGUUUAAAAUAUAUCUUGGUGAAAGAAACAAAUGCUAUGAAUUGUGUGCAAAUACAAAAUAAUAAGAAAAAGAAUUAUUAAAGUAUGUUUUGAUGUGUUGUAGAUAACUGUAUUUAUGUGCCUAGCAAUAAUACAAUUAUAUCGACCCCAGAGGCCAGUAAGAGAUAUAUAGGAUGCUAAAAAUGGAGAGGGAGAGAAAGAGAACUGAAACAAAAAAUGCAGGGGUAUUCAAUAACAGGCCUACUUGUGAACCUGUAAAUAGAAGUGCAAAGCACGAAAAAGUUCAAUAAACAUUAUAAUUCCUUUA